AUGGUGCUUGUGGCCGAAGGCCCUGGGAACCACUCCAACAGCUGCAGCACAGACAGGGGCACCCUGUCGCAGGCGGCGACCGUUGCCUCCAUCUGCCUGGUCCUGGUGCUGGGCCUGCUGCUCAACAGCCUGGCGCUCUGGGUGUUCUGCUGCCGCCUGCGCAGGUGGACGGAGACCCGCAUCUACAUGGUCAACCUGGUGGUGGCCGACUGCCUGCUGCUGCUGAGCCUGCCGGGCAUUCUGCACACGCUGAGCCAGAGGGUAGGGGCCCCGGAGGGCCCCCUGUGCAAGGUCCUGCAGAGCUUCUAUUACGUCAACACCUACAUGAGCAUGUGGCUCCUCACAGCCAUCGCCGCCGACCGCUACGCCGCCCUGCACUUUCCCCUGCGGGCCCAGGCUUGGCGAGGCCCCCGCCAGGCUGCCCUCACCUGCGCAGCCCUCUGGCUGCUGGUUGUCGGGGCCGUGGCCCUGCCUGUUGCCUGGCUGCGUCCAGGGGAGAGCUUCUGCUUUGGGCGGGGCCACACACGGGGCCCCAGGGCCCUCAUCUUCUCCCUGCUCCUCUUCUUGCUCCCACUGCUCAUCCUGAGCUUCUGCUCCGGCCGGGUGCUCCGGCGCCUCCACCGUGAGUGGACGCGGGCACAGCCCCAGGCCACCACCCCCAUCCUCAAGGCCCUCUGCGUGGUGACAGCCAACUUGGCCACCUUUAUGCUCUGCUUCCUCCCACUGCAUGUGGCCUUGCUGGCCAAGCUCGUGGCCCAGUGGGUGAACGCAGCCUGCCCCACCAUCCAGACGGUGGCCACCUUUGUGCAGGUGGCCUCCCGCAUUGCCAACGCCAACUGCUGCCUGGACGCUGUCUGCUACUAUUUUGUGGCCACGGAGUUCCAGGAGGAGGUGGGGGCCAUCCUCGCCAGGCCCUGGCCUCUCUGGGGAAGGAUGCGGGGUGUUCCUGCCUGUGGCCAUCCCGACCUGGGCGCCCAGGGCGAGGCAGCGAAGGAGAGCGGCACAGGAGUGGGCCCCCGCACAGCCCUGCAGCAUGAGGCGGGGGGCAUCCAGGCCCCCACAGAACCACUCUCUUCCUGCUGCCACAGUGUCUGCAAGAAGCAGCCUCCCUGA